AUGGAUGUAAGCAACCCACAUUUAGAUAAAAGAGGGUCAAAAGGCGACCCCGGGCCACAAGGCACCAAGGGCGACCCCGGGCCACAGGGUUCCAAAGGCGACCCCGGGCCACAGGGUUCCAAAGGCGACCCCGGGCCACAGGGUCCUGCAGGACCCAAAGCAAGAAGAUAUAGCUUUGAUCUUUCUGGUGUUAAUAUGCCUAGUGAUGGUACCAUUUACAGAGGGACCGUAAAUGUAGACGGUGUUACGAAGUACCCCAAAGAUUUUCAAGUUUUUGCGUUGGAGUUUGUAUUAGAUGGAAACCGAAGAGAUUGGACAUUUACGUAUGUGGUUAGCAUGAUUCCAGGAGGCUGGACGACGACUCAAUCCAAUGGUGCGGGGUUUAAUG